AUGGCCGACAACGCACCGCCUUCCCAGAACGUCGACGAAGGGGGAGAGAUUGUCCUCAACAGAUUCUACGAUUUCUUGGCCAAGUUCACCUCCUCGGCAGAGGGCACCACCGACGGCACCGAUGGCGUGCAGCUGUACCGAGACUACCUGGCGCAGAUCGCGGCCAUGGUGGAGAAUGAGAAGAACACGGUGUACGUCGACGUGCAGCACGUGUUCGCGUACGAUCAAGAGCUCGGAGAGGCUAUCGAGCUGGAGUAUCUCCGGUUCAUGCCCUUCAUGAACAAGGCGCUCGCCCGCUUGGUGCAGGAGGAGUAUCCUAACUACGCCAACGACGCCGAUGAUCAGGACGCGCCGAAGGAGUUCUACGUGAGUUUCUUCAACCUGCCGCUGGUGGAGCGGGUCCGGCAGCUGAAGACCAACCGCAUCGGCCGCCUCGUGAGCGUGAGCGGCACCGUGACUCGCUCGACGGACGUGCGGCCGGAGCUGCUGCGGGGCACCUUCACCUGCCGGAAAUGUGGCCUGGUGUCGCCGGAUGUGGAGCAGCAGUACCAGUACACGGAGCCCACCAAGUGCAUCAACCCGGCGUGCCAGAACACGAGGGACUGGGAGCUAGACAUGCAGAGGAGCGUGUUCGUGGACUGGCAGCGGUUGAGAGUGCAAGAGAACGCAGACGAGAUUCCUCCGGGGAGCAUGCCGCGGUCGCUCGACGUCGUGCUUCGGGGGGAGGCGGUCGAGAAGGCCAAGGCCGGAGACAAGACCGUGUUCACCGGCACGCUGAUAGUCGUGCCCGACUCCAGCGCCCUGGCUAGGGUAGGGGAGGCCACCGUGGGGGCGAAGCCGCCCGGCCGCAGGGGCGCGGAGGGGCCGGACGCGGGCGUGACCGGCCUCAAGAAGUUGGGCGUCAAGGAGCUCACCUACAGGACGGCGUUCCUCGCUAGCUCGGUCCUCCCGGCGGAGCAGGUGUCCGGCGGCUACAACAUCCGCGACGACAGCGAUGAGGCGGGGGCAGGGGCCGACGGGGCGGAAGAGCUGACCGAGGAGGAAGGGAGGGAGAUUCUCGAGAUGAAGAACAGCAGUAACAUCUACGCCGACAUGGUCAACAGUGUCGCGCCGACGGUCUUCGGUCACUCGGAGGUUAAGCGCGGUGUCCUGCUGAUGCUCCUGGGCGGGGUGCACAAGCAGACGGCGGAGGGAAUCAAGCUGCGCGGGGACAUAAACGUUUGCAUCGUGGGCGAUCCCUCUACCGCCAAGAGCCAGUUCUUGAAGUACGUGCACGGCUUCCUGCCCCGCGCCAUCUUCACCUCCGGCAAGGCUUCGAGCGCGGCGGGUCUGACAGCGUCCGUCAUGAAGGACCACGAGACGGGCGAGUUCUGCAUCGAAGCGGGAGCUCUCAUGCUCGCCGAUAACGGCAUCUGCUGCAUCGACGAGUUCGACAAGAUGGACAUCGGGGACCAGGUGGCCAUCCACGAGGCGAUGGAGCAGCAGACGAUCUCCAUCACCAAGGCCGGCAUCCAGGCCACCCUCAACGCCCGGACGUCCAUCCUCGCCGCGGCCAACCCCCUGUACGGUCGCUACGACCGCUCCAAGACCCUCAAGGCGAACGUGCAGAUCAGCGCGCCCAUCAUGAGCCGCUUCGACCUGUUCUUCGUUGUGCUGGACGAGUGCGACGAGACCGCGGACUUCAACAUCGCGCAGCACAUCAUCCGCGUCCACCAGAACAAGGCGGAGGCCCUGGACCCUCCAUUCACGGCGAUGCAAAUGCAGCGCUACAUCCGCUUCGCUCGGAGGCUCAACCCGGCCAUCACCCCGGAGGGGCGGAAGACGAUGGUGGAGUGCUACCGGGCCCUUAGGGAGAACGACUGUGUCGGCCGCAACAAGACGGCUUACCGUAUCACAGUGAGGCAGCUGGAGUCCAUGAUCCGCCUCAGCGAGGCGCUGGCGAGGCUACACCUGGACGACCAGGUGCGACCCCGCUACGUGAAAGAAGCGUUCCGCUUACUCCGAAAGUCCAUCAUCCACGUGGAGGCGGAGGACAUCGUUCUCGAGGAGAGCGAAGACGAGGAGGGUUUGGAGGAAGGAGACGAAGGGGUAGGGGCACCACGGGGAGAUGGCGAUGAGGAGGACGGCCCCGGCGGGGGUGGCGGCGGCAACGGAGGGAGCGGAGAUGACGAUGGCGGGGACGAUGACGACGGGGGCGGCGGCGGCGGCGGCGGUAGCGGCGGCGGAAAGGUCUCGAGAAGGAGCGGGAAGCGGAGGCGUGGCCGAACAGGAGGGGAGAAGGAAGGCGACGGCGAGGAUGGUGGUGGUGACGGCGGCGGGGGCGGGGGCGACGACGACGACGACGACGACGACAAAGACGCCGACGCUGACGGGGUGGUGGACGAGGACGGCGGCUCUAAGCGGGCUAACAAGAAGGCCAAGAAGAAGAAGAAGAAGAAGCAGAAGAAGCAAAAACAGCAGAUCACCUUCGAGCAGUACCAGACGAUUACCACGACGCUGGCGACGUACCUGCGGCAGAGGGAGGACCGGGCCAAGGAAGGGGAGGGGGGUGGGCUGCCUUGGGGGGAGGUUGUGUCGUGGUACUGCCACCAGCACCAGCAGGAGCUCACCUCGGAGGAAGACUUGUCAAAUAUGCAGAAGCUCGUCAAUCAGGUGAUCAAGCGCCUCCUGACAAAGGACGGCCUUCUCAUCUACGACGGGGAGCCAGACGACGACGCCCCGGACGAGGAGAAGCGCAUCGCUGUACACCCCAACUACGCCACCGGCUAA